AAUGAGUUCCGCGACAUUCCGAUACCCCCUUUUAACCCGGUUCCUUUUUCACCCGGCUGCGACUCUUUGGAGUCUUUACGCGGCGCAAAUUUCAGGCUAGAUACUAUGAUUCUACCUACUGUACUAGAAUACCCUUUUUACAUGUUAUAUAUAGCUAGCCUUCUCUUUGUCAACCUGAUGAGAUAUGAGAUUACUUAUACCUAUCUUACUGGCGACUUUGCUGGUUACCUCUGCUCGAGAUCAAUUGAUGUUGGACAGAUUAUCCUGCCCGUACCUAUGAUAGCUACUCUGCCGUUACUCGACUACGCCUCAUGCCACAACACAUCCCGACAGCGAAACAAUAGUCAGCGCCCUACCUUACUCGAUACCAGCGAUUGCACCGCAUGUGCACCAAUACCAAAGAGUGCAGGUUCGGUUUCGCUGCCGGCGCUUCAUAGACCACGAAUUGCCCACAUUGGUUGUAUUUCUCGUUUCGUCGGGUUGUAUUCUGCCGUCCAAACGUAUGUAUGUGUUAUUGCAUCCUCUCGUGAUGGUUCGGGUCCCUUGAAUUGUAGCUUCGCCGUCCAUGGAGCCGUAGACAAAGAUUGCUUAGUAUUCUGCUUGUCGUACAGGUUGAUUGCAACAUGCAGAGCGAGUUGUGGUUUGUUAGCAUUUGGCUUCCAAGUCCUGAGAGAUCACCGUCUCGGUCAGUUGAGGUAGGUGCCGAACCCAGGAGGCGACACUCUGGCUU